AUGAAAAGCAACUCCAGCAUCCACAGUGGAUCUUCACAGACUUCAGCAUCCACAGUGAAUCUUCACAGACUCCAGCAUCCACAGUGGAUCUUCACAGACUCCAGCAUCCACAGUGGAUCUUCACAGACUCCAGCAUCCACAGCGGAUCUUCACAGACUCCAGCAUCCACAGCGGAUCUUCACAGACUCCAGCAUCCACAAACCUGAAGCUCCUGAAGCUCCAGAACCUGAAGCUCCAGAACCUGAAGCUCCAGAACCUGAAGCUCCAGAACCUGAAGCUCCAGAACCUGAAGCUCCAGAACCUCAAGCUCCAGAACCUGAAGCUCCAGAACCUGAAGCUCCAGAACCUGAAGCUCCAGAACCUGAAGCUCCAGAACCUGAAGCUCCUGAACCUGAAGCUCCAGAACCUGAAGCUCCAGAACCUGAAGCUCCAGAACCUGAAGCUCCAGAACCUGAAGCUCCAGAACCUGAAGCUCCAGAACCUGAAGCUCCAGAACCUGAAGCUCCAGAACCUGAAGCUCCAGAACCUGAAGCUCCUGAACCUGAAGCUCCAGAACCUGAAGCUCCAGAACCUGAAGCUCCAGAACCUGAAGCUCCAGAAUCUGAAGCUCCAGAACCUGAAGCUCCAGAAUCUGAAGCUCCAGAACCUGAAGCUCCAGAACCUGAAGCUUCUGAACCUGAAGCUCCAGAACCUGAAGCUCCAGAACCUGAAGCUCCAGAACCUGAAGCUCCUGAACCUGAAGCUCCAGAACCUGAAGCUCCAGAGCCUGAAGCUCCAGAAUCUGAAGCUCCAGAAUCUGAAGCUCCAGAAUCUGAAGCUCCAGAACCUGAAGCUCCAGAACCUGAAGCUCCUGAACCUGAAGCUCCAGAACCUGAAGCUCCAGAACCUGAAGCUCCAGAACCUGAAGCUCCUGAACCUGAAGCUCCUGAACCUGAAGCUCCAGAACCUGAAGCUCCAGAACCUGAAGCUCUAGAACCUGAAGCUCCUGAACCUGAAGCUCCUGAACCUGAAGCUCCUGAACCUGAAGCUCCAGAACCUGAAGCUCCUGAACCUGAAGCUCCUGAACCUGAAGCUCCAGAACCUGAAGCUCCUGAACCUGAAGCUCCAGAGCCUGAAGCUCCAGAACCUGAAGCUCCAGAACCUGAAGCUCCAGAACCUGAAGCUCCAGAGCCUGAAGCUCCAGAACCUGAAGCUCCUGAACCUGAAGCUCCUGAACCUGAAGCUCCAGAAUCUGAAGCUCCAGAACCUGAAGCUCCAGAACCUGAAGCUCUAGAACCUGAAGCUCCUGAACCUGAAGCUCCAGAACCUGAAGCUCUAGAACCUGAAGCUCCAGAACCUGAAGCUCCAGAACCUGAAGCUCCAGAACCUGAAGCUCCAGAACCUCAAGCUCCAGAACCUGAAGCUCCAGAACCUGAAGCUCCAGAACCUGAAGCUCCAGAACCUGAAGCUCCAGAACCUCCAGAAUGAUGAGGGUGUGUCAGUGUGGACAUGACUUUAUACAAUGAUUUCAUCACUGAUAAAUGCAAUUUAUAAAUCUAAAUCUUGUGUGUUUAGUAUAUUUAGUAGUAGACAUCUAUCAGUCUCAGGAGACUAUGGAGUUGUGCUCUGGUUGUUGGUCUGGAGUGGCGCCUCUCCACGGCUCAAAGGGAGAGAAGCUGUCACCCAUGCAGCAGGUAUA